AUGGCCGGAGGCCCCGCGGUGGCGGCCGGAGCAGCAUCAUCGGCGGCAGCUCCAGCGGCGAUGGCGGUGAUCUCUGGUGACAGUGUUCCCCCCGCGGCGGCGGCGGGGGGGAUGGCCGGAGGCCCCGCGGUGGCGGCCGGAGCAGCAUCAUCGGCGGCAGCUCCAGCGGCGAUGGCGGUGAUCUCUGGUGACAGUGUUCCCCCCGCGGCGGCGGCGGGGGGGAUGGCCGGAGGCCCCGCGGUGGCGGCCGGAGCAGCAUCAUCGGCGGCAGCUCCAGCGGCGAUGGCGGUGAUCUCUGGUGACAGUGUUCCCCCCGCGGCGGCGGCGGGGGGGAUGGCCGGAGGCCCCGCGGUGGCGGCCGGAGCAGCAUCAUCGGCGGCAGCUCCAGCGGCGAUGGCGGUGAUCUCUGGUGACAGUGUUCCCCCCGCGGCGGCGGCGGGGGGAAUGGCCGGGGUUCCCGUAGUGGGGGCAGGAGCGGCAGCAUUGGCGGCAGCUCCGGCGGCGACGGAGCAGCGGCAGCAUGAGCAUAUGACGGAGCCGGAGAGCAGGGUGGCGAGCGGAGCAGCGCGCAGCGCGGUGUUGGCGGAACUUGCGCGGAUGACGGGGGGGCCUUCGAGGGACGAGAUCAAGCGGUCUAUCGCCGAGCUUCUUGCACCGGGCGUGUCUGAGCCAGCCCUGCCGAUGGAGCUGGUGUGCGACCUGGAGACGCCUGAGACAUACGGGGAGGCGCACGCGGGGCCCCACCACCACAUCUGGACCAACGCCGAACGCAAGGAGUUUUUCGGGCUGAAUGCAGUGGGCACCUUCGAGGAGGGAGACGAGUUUGGGUAUGCUGUGCGUGGUAAGGCUAGGUUGGUAGCCCGUGGGUUUGCGCAGCGUGAGGGUGUUGACUUCUUUGAGACUUUCUCCCCGUGUCCUUCCAUCACGAGCAUUCGAUUGCUAGCCGCCAUUGCCUGUGUGUUAGAUUGGGACUUGUGCCAUUUCGAUGCCGAGCAAGCCUUUGUCCAAUCAGAACUGGAUGAGGCUGUAGCGGAGAAGAUCGUUGCCAAGUUCGGUGUGACGACGGACAAAGAGACACCUAUGGUCGUUGGGUUGAAGCUUGAGCAGUACGACGCCGGUGAGCCCGAUGUCGACGAGCCUUUCCGGUCGCUAGUGAGACACUUGAUGUGGCUGGCGAAUCAGACUCGCCCGGAUAUUCUCAACGCGGUGCGUGCCGUUGCGAGGUAUUCGCACGCGCCGAAGCGACUGCACUGGGAGGCGGCUUUGCAUGUUUUGAUGUAUGUUAGAUUCACGAGCGGGUACGGGAUUACUUUUCAGAGGGGCACGGUGGGAGGAGACCACAUGGAACUUUUUGUCGAUUCGGACUUCGCCAACAAGGCAACCGACCGGCGGUCUGUUUCUGGGGCACUAGUGAUGUUCGCUGGUGCGUGUGUGAGAAGAGCGUCACCCUGUCUCUCGACGGAAGCGGAGUACGUGGCGAUGUCUGAUGGGAUGAAGGAGGCUAUUUUUCUGCGGUAUCUGUGGAAAUUUAUCUUUCCGGGCCGUGAUGUGGGGUGCACGCUGGUGUGGGAGGACAACGUAGGCGCUUUUCACUUGGCAAGUAACCCGGCUACUACUCCCAACUCGAAGCACGUCGACAUCCGCCACCACUUCAUCCGUGAGCGUGUAGCACGGGGGGAGUUCAAGGUAGUCCACGUACGGUCGGACCUGCAACGCGCGGAUUUCU